UCCGAGACAAAAUAGGUAAGAAAAAAAAAAAAAACUGCGUGCAGGGAUCUACGAGCUCGAGAUUUUGAUUUCUGUCUCUCUGUUAUCGAUUCUGAGCAUCCACAUUGUUCGUAGAUCUGAAAGAAAGAAAAAAAAAAAUCCCACGGAUUUGGUAUUACGAUUUUGCGCGUUUCGUUCUGUGUAAAUUUUGACAUCAGGAUUCGAUUGUUUUGUUCGAGGUCACGACGAGCAAGUGAAUCGAUUUGGAUCUUCUGCAGUUUGGCAUUCUGGAUCCACACGGAUCUAAUCUGGGCGAGUCGAUUCGUGGUCGACAUUUCGAAAAUAAAUUUGGUGGAUCUGAAGAAUAGGCACUGUUGUCUUUGUUUAUUGCAUUAAUUUUUUCUUGCGAUAUAAGAAGUGAUGGAUCCAAUAUCGGCGGUUAGCGAAGAGCUGGCUGAGAUCGAAGGUCAAAUCAAUGACAUUUUCCGUGCUUUGUCAAAUGGGUUCCAGAAGCUGGAGAAGAUCAAAGAUGCUAAUAGGCAGAGUAGGCAGCUUGAAGAACUCACUGACAAAAUGCGUGAUUGUAAAAGCCUUAUUAAAGAUUUCGAUAGGGAAGUCAAAAGCUUGGAAAGCGGAAAUGAUGCCAACACUAACCGGAUGUUGAACGAUAGACGACAAUCUAUGGUUAAGGAACUAAACUCAUAUGUUGCUCUUAAGAAGAAAUACUCAUCCAACCUAGCGAGUAAUAACAAGCGAGUAGAUCUUUUCGACGGACCUGGAGAAGAACACAUGGAAGAGAAUGUCUUAUUAGCUUCAAACAUGUCCAAUCAAGAACUAAUGGAUAAAGGAAACUCGAUGAUGGAUGACACAGAUCAAGCCAUUGAGAGGGGAAAAAAGAUUGUUCAAGAGACCAUAAAUGUGGGAACAGAUACUUCAGCGGCUCUCAAGGCUCAGACCGAGCAAAUGAGUAGAGUUGUCAAUGAGCUCGAUUCUAUUCAUUUCUCACUCAAGAAGGCCUCCAAGCUGGUCAAGGAAAUUGGUAGGCAGGUUGCCACGGACAAAUGUAUUAUGGCAUUUCUCUUCCUGAUCGUCCUUGGUGUCAUAGCAAUCAUCAUCGUCAAGAUUGUGAACCCAAACAACAAAGACAUCCGUGACAUACCGGGCCUAGCUCCACCAGCCAUGAACAGACGUUUACUCUGGAACAAUUACUGAAAGAACAAAAAGAAAAAGAAAAAUCUCAUUUCAUGCCCCUCAAAAUACUGAUACGUUACCGUACGCUUCUUGGUCCUUCCCCAUAGUCCCUUGUUGCUCUAGAUGAAACCGCCUCAAAUGAGAAAUUAACCAGUUUUUAUCCCCAUGGCUCUUGGCUUCUGCGCAUUUGAGAAGUCGCAGGAAGCAAAUUCCCUUCCGUUACAAUCCCAGAAACAGAACCAUCUUUUUUGUUCAUGUGUUUGUAUAACGAUGACUCUUUCUGUGUUAUAUCAUCUGUAUGUGUAUUUUUAUAACGUCGUCUCUGUUUCAUAUUCUGGUAAUAAUUACUUGUUCCUUAUUUUCA